CACGACAGGAGGUGACGUACUUGUGCGACGUGUCAGGAAGCACUGUUCUGUCCAACAUGGCGGCGCAGCAGACUGAUGUUGACGAACUGUUCGAUGUGAAAAACGCUUUUUACAUCGGCAAUUAUCAGCAAUGUAUCAACGAAGCCCAAAAGGUGAAGAAUUCAACACCAGAAAAGGAGACUGAACGGGACACGUUCUUGUACAGAGCAUACAUUGCCCAGAGAAAGUAUGCAGUCGUCAUGGAUGACAUCAAGGCCAACUCUUCUCCUGAGCUUCAAGCUGUCAGGAUGUUUGCGGAGUAUUUGUCAAGUGAAAACAAAAGGGAUGCCAUUGUGGAGGAUCUUGACAAGAAAAUGGCAAAGAGUGUGGAUGCUGCCAACACCACGUUUCUCCUCAUGGCAGCCUCCAUCUACCACCAUGCGAUGGACACUGAUGCUGCUCUCAGGACUCUUCAUCAAGGAGAAAGCCUGGAGUGCAUGGCCAUGACAAUUCAGGUGCUGCUGAGUCUGGAUCGUGUGGACCUGGCGAGGAAGGAACUGAAGAAGAUGCAGGAGCAAGAUGAGGAUGCUACGCUAACCCAGCUAGCCACUGCUUGGGUUAAUUUGGCUGUGGGUGGAGAGAAGCUGCAAGACGCCUACUACAUUUUCCAGGAGAUGUCAGAUAAGUACUCCUCGACGCUGCUGCUUCUCAAUGGGCAGGCAGCCUGCUACAUGGGUCAGAACAAGUGGGAGGAGGCCGAGGGAGUCCUACAGGAGGCACUCGACAAGGACAGCAGCCACCCUGAGACGCUGAUCAACCUGGUAGUGCUGACUCAGCACCUCGGGAAAGCCCCUGAGGUGACCAAUCGCUACCUCUCUCAACUCAAAGAUGCACACCGGGCCCAUCCAUUCCUCAAAGAUUAUUUUUCCAAGGAGAAUGACUUUGACAGGCUAGCGAUGCAGUAUGCUCCCACCGCCACCGCAUAAUGGCCCUCAAGUUAACCUUAUACUUUUCCUCCUGUCUUUAAUGUGCAUACCUGGAUUUAUUUUAUUUUAUAUGAAGACAAUGUGUUGAAAUGAAACGUACACCACCAGAUGAAAGGAAACUCUAUUCUGUAUUCGUUCUAUAUACGUCUACUGGUGAGCCAAUGUGUCAGAAAUUCUUGCAAAUACAAUAAGGUUCACUGUCAAAGAGGUAUUAAUUUAACAAAAUGUUUAUUGUUAUAGUUGUGUUUGCAGUGGUUUUGAGGGGAAAAUAUAACUUUGGGCCCCUCCACAUCAAUGUAGCUCCCAAGAUUAUUUGAGCCAAGCUCACAUAUAUUACAAAAAACCUCAUUACACAUCACCAAACAAAAAUGUGGAUAUGGAUAAGUUAGUUUACAUCUACUGGAAUAGCAUGUAAUUGUUGUGCCUGUUCCUACAUCUUGCUGGCAUAGAUAAGUGAAAUUGGAUAUAUAUAUAUAUAUAUAUAUUUUUUUUUUUUACAGCCCACCUGAUCUCUCACCAAACUGCUCUCAGUAAGACGCUGUACUGUUCUACACCACUGCAAACCACAUCCACAUCAAUACAUAUUGUUAAGCUACUGUAUACCACACAGAAGUGGCCUGCAAAAGGGCAUUUUCGGAUGCCGUUAGAUUAUGCUGGUGGACCCAAUAUGGCCACUUGUGUGAAUCAUCAUGCACAUUUCUCCUGUAAUUAAACUGCGUUUGACGUAACAUUCCUUUGACGUUCUAAUAAAAGCUCAACUUGUA